AUGAAAACAUUCUCAGGUAGUGAUCCCGGUGAUGGAGACGCAGUUUUGAUGUGCCUUCUCCUUUGUGCUUCAUACAAAAUAAAUCUAGAAGAAAAACACUGGAUAGAGAAGUAUAAUGCUGUUGCUGAAGUUUUUAAAUUCAAGAAGAUUAAGAAGCCGUCCAAUCUUAGCAGCCUAAAGAAGCACAAACCAAUACUCAAACAGGAUAGUGUGAAUGUUGAAUUUUCCUGCGAAUUCUUUAGAGACACCAGCUUUCUUAGAUUUGCCAAAGAUAGAGCAUUUGUGAGUAUGUUUCUGGAUUGGGCAGAAAAAAAAAGCAUUGCAAAAUACUGCAGAUCAUCAAAUUAUCUGAGAAAAGAGAUUGAGGAAGAAGUUUGCUGUUGGUUAUUGCCAAAUCAAACAGAGCAGCUGAUAGAAAAACUUGGAGAAGACAUGUUCACACAUACAACGAUGAUGGACCAAUCAAUACAUGAAUUAGUGUAUACCAAGCUCGGCAUACCAGUACAGGUUAUAAUGAGAGGAGAUGAUUCUGUGAGGAAUUUCUUGGACAAUCUGAAGAAGGGAGAGACGACCAUGUACCACGCCUCUGGGAUGAUCAUUGGCUGUGCUGGUAGUGGGAAGUCAACCUUGCUUGAAAGACUGAAAGGCAUCGAACUGAAAGAAAUUCUGGAGAGUUCAAAGUCAACCAGGGGAAUUGAUGUCCAGGCUGACAUAUUUGAUGUAACUGGAAAAACAAUCAAGGUUAAUUCAUCAAGCCAGAAACAACGUUUUAAAGUUAAAAUUGAUGAAUCAAGCCAACAAAAGAGUAUUCAGAACAAACCUGCAGAAAUGUCUGGUGACAUGAAAAAGUUGGACAUUGAAGAGAAUGUAUAUCAGGAGGAUAUAGGCAGUAGAACAAGCGAUAAAGAAUCAGUCAGUGAUGAAGAAAUGUCACAUGAGAGCUUGAAUACAGAAUCUGAAUCACGUAAAGGGAAUGAAGCUGCUGCCUUUCUGGAAAAAGAGGAGGACGUAGUUGAGGACAGCAGACAAAAUGUUCCUGAGAAAAUUGAAAUAUCAGGAAUUAUACGAGUUUCCAAAAAUGUAUCGGGUGCUCCAGAGAAAAAAAUUACCAUGGUAGACUUUGCGGGACAGUGUUCAUAUUAUGCCUCACAUCAGAUUUUUCUGAGUCCCCGGGCAUUCUUCAUUUUAGUGCUUAAUAUGGAAAAGAAAUUACUUGAAAAGGUUGGAAAAGAAGUCUGUAGCCAGGAUGGUUCCAUUUACGAAGGAUGGACACACAAAGACUAUCUAACAUUCUGGAUCAAGUCCAUUCAUCAAUACAGCAGUGAAAAGGCUCCUGUUAUACUGGUGGGCACGCAUGCUGAACAAAAGACAAAGGAGGAAAAAGAAAAGUUUUUCCGUGAUAUAUGGACGAUCUUGGAAACAAAUGAUGCUUCUCUGCAAAGGCAUAUUGACAGGAAAAGGAUGUUUGCUGUUGGAUUCCAUGAAAAUGAAUGCAUUGAAAAAAUCAAGCUGUCAGUUGUUGAUGUUGUCCGAAAUCUUGAUCACUGGGGUGAAAAACUUCCGCAUUCCUGGGCUAUGUUUGAAAACUUCUUCCAAGAAAAGAAGAACCUUAAAGUAAUCAAUAAAGAGACACUUUUGACUUUCAAUGAAGCAUUGCCACAGGAACUGAAAUUGGAAACGAUCGACGAUAUUAACACCAUGCUGCACUUUUUCCAUGACACCAGAGGAAUUUUACACUUUAACCAAGAAUGUCUGAGAGGAAUCAUAAUUCUUGAUGUUCAAUGGUUUGCAGAUGCAUUCAAAAAUGUCAUUACCGAUAAAAACCAUGCAGCAGAGGAUUUAUUUGAGCUUGCCUCACAAUGGGACAAAUUUAAUGAAACUGGAGAACUGAGUGAUACACUGUUGUCUGCGAUAUGGAAAAUGAACAACAAUGGGUACCUUGAGCACAAGGAUGAAAUCAUGCCCUACAUAGAGAAGCUUGGUCUUCUGGCUAAAUUGGAUGACAAAAGAUGGUAUGUUCCAUGUAUGAACAAAAGACCGUUUUCUGUUCACAGGUUUUCUGCAUACCCUGCCUCCUCCAUUCUCUGUUUUCUGUUUGAUGCUCUUCCAGUGGGUAUUUUCCAGCGCCUUAUAGCGAGAUGCAUGGAAUUCCCUUGGGCUCUUGUCAAAGAAAUUAAAGAUCGGAAAGAACAUCCACUUAUUUACCAGACUGCAGCUGUUUUCCUGUUCGAGGACGAUCAUAACAUUUUGCUUGGAAUGACCUCGACGGAGAUCCAGUUGCAGGUGUUUGUAAGCGAGGGAGACGUGCAUAUAUCGACAUGUUUCCAGAUAAGAGAAAAAAUCGAGGGUGAAUUGUUUACUCUUUCCAGUACUUUCCAAAGAAAUUUGAAAUUUCACACUACCUUCAAAUGCAAACCUGAAGGGUUCUGUGAUAACAACAGAAGUCUGGUGAUAUACGAAUCGGACCUCAGAGGGACGACUUUUCAGUGUCCUUCAUGUCCAGAACAGAAAAAGCAUAUUGUUUGCACAAAAGAUAUCACCAAAUACUGGAUACAG